ACACCCUCACAAUUUCUUCAAAGAGCUGUGUCUUUUACCGAGGCUAGGAAAGGAAACGAUGAUGGGAUCCAAGGAUCUUGUUUACACUGGACAGACUGGCAAAAACGAACUCUCCAUCUAAUUAAGAUCCUACAAGAGAAUUUUCCUUCCCAAAAGAAUACUACGCCAGCCUAUGAUUGA